UUUCUGAGCGUUCCAGCCAACUGAAACAGCCAGUCAGUCCUUUAGUAGUGUUUCUAGGCCACAAGCCAUCCAAAGGUCCGACCCAUCUCCCAAAAGAUGGACACUUACAGAGGCGGACAAGACCCGUGCUAUGAUCCCGGAAGAACUGUUUGUGCUGAGCCAUGCAGAGAAUAUUCCGGGGGCGGCUCAGUCUGCUCUGAACCCAUUCCAUCACCGUGCUAUCCUCCUCAGUCAAGACGUGAAGUGGACUGUUGCAACACACCCCCACAGCAAUGCUGUCCUUCACCACAGCAGAAUUGUCCUCCCUAUUGCCCCCCGGUUCAGAAGUAUUGCCCCCCGGUUCAGAAGUAUUGCCCCCCGGUUCAGAAGUAUUGCCCCCCAGUUCAGAAGUAUUGCCCCCCGGUUCAGAAGUAUUGCCCCCCAGUUCAGAAGUAUUGCCCCUCGGUUCAGAAGUAUUGCCCCCCAGUUCAGAAGUGCUGUCCUCCGGUUCAGAAGUAUUGCCCCCCAGUUCAGAAGUGCUGUCCUCCAGUACAGAAGUAUUGCCCCCCGGUUCAGAAGUAUUGCCCCUCGGUUCAGAAGUGCUGUCCUCCGGUUCAGAAGUAUUGCCCCCCGGUUCAGAAGUGCUGUCCUCCAGUUCAGAAGUAUUGCCCCCCGGUUCAGAAGUGCUGUCCUCCGGUGCAAUCGUACUGUCCUCCAUACUGCCCUCCCAAGCAGAAAUAUUGUCCACCAGUUCAGCAGUAUUGUCCUCCACCUUGUCAACCCAAACAGACGUAUUGUCGUCCGGUUCAACAGUAUUGUCCUCCGUACUGCCCACCCCAACAGAAGUAUUGUCCUCCUGUCCAACAGUACUGUCCUCCACCUUGUCCACCCAUACAACAAUGUUGUCCUCCAGUCCAACAGUGCUGUACUCCGAUCCAGCAAUACUGUCCACCCUGCUCGACCAUCGGACAAUCUGACAUCUGCCAGGUACAACAAGUCUGUCAAGUGCCAGCACAACUUUUGAAGAACUAGCUCCUGAGACCCCUGGAAAGUGCAAAUAUGUUCAUCUGCCUCGAAACGCUGGCUCCUUCUUCUGGAGAUCUCGAUCACGGCUGUUAAUUUUACAUUGGCAACCAAGCCCAUCUGCUCAGUUUCUUUUGACAAGCAAGCCAUUCAAUGUCCAAGAAGAACAUGGUCUAAGUGUGACAUA